CACUGCCGCGUCACUACCAUUGUGAGGCUCGCCAAGAUGGCUGCCAUUGCAGAUGUGUCGAUCUGCGCAGGCGUGACCGGGUGGGGGGCAACCUACACCUCCGCCAGUGCCGCAGUGGGGGAAGGGUAAUGUAUGAGGUUUCUCCCAGGCAGCAAUUUCCGCGGCACCUUCAAAGCGCAGCGCUGAGGGGAGGAGGCUGGCAACGUGGGCAGCUGCCUCCUCCUCAAAGUGCCGCAGUGGGGAAGGGUGCGGGAUUUUGGAUGCGCAGGCGCAACUGGGAAGAUAGCGUCUCCGCCCCGCAGUGGGGCGGGCACCAGAGGAGGGGGUUUGUGCAGUGUCCACUUGGUGGGGCUGGUAGCUACCUCCUUCACCUGUAUGCUGUAAUGACUGCUCCUUUCCUCUUGGGUUGCCAUGGGGACCGCUUACACCUGAGACGGACUACAGAACAGCACGUGCCAGAGGUGGAAGUCCAAGUCAAACGUAGGAGGACAGCCUCACUGAGCAACCAAGAGUGUCAGCUGUACCCAAGGAGAUCUCAGCAGCAGCAAGUACCUGUGGUGGAUUUCCAGGCGGAACUGAGACAGGCAUUCUUAGCUGAGACACCGAGAGGUGGUUAAAGCAGUUAUUGGAACAUCCAGCUGACAAUGUCAGUGUAUUUGAUUCAGCUGACAGUGUGAUAAAAUUGUUAUCCAUG